UUGAUUUUAUUCUAUUACAAUAUAUAAGGUCAUUUAAAAAGUCUUAGGUUUUGAGCAAUUUGCGUAUGGGGUUUAUAAUUAUGUUUUAGAAUCAUUUUUCAUCAUACUCCCAUUUCUACAAACCCCAACUAGAACUCUCUCUCUCUCUCUCUCUCUCUCUCUCUCUCUCUCUAUUAUUCCUAAUCAAUUUCAAUAAAAACACGCAGAAUUGUGCUGCUGAUUUAUGUGUGAUUGUUGAUAUUCAUGGCUUCCAGCGGAAACAAGAGCAUCAACGCCAAACUAGUGCUUCUGGGAGAUGUAGGGGCUGGAAAAUCGAGUUUAGUUCUUCGUUUCGUGAAAGGGCAAUUCGUUGAGUUUCAGGAAUCGACUAUAGGUGCUGCGUUUUUUUCGCAAACAGUUGCCGUGAACGAUGCAACUGUUAAGUUUGAAAUAUGGGACACUGCAGGCCAAGAAAGAUAUCACAGCUUAGCUCCGAUGUAUUACAGAGGAGCUGCAGCUGCUAUUAUUGUUUAUGACGUAACAAACCAAGCAUCCUUUGAUCGGGCAAAAAAAUGGGUCGAGGAGCUCAAGGCACAAGGCAACCCAAAUAUGGUCAUGGCUCUUGCCGGGAAUAAAUCAGAUCUGUUGGAUGCCAAAAAAGUGGAAUCCGAGGAAGCACAAACUUAUGCGCAGGCGAAUGGUCUUUUCUUCAUGGAGACAUCUGCAAAAACAGCAACUAAUGUUAAUGACAUAUUUUAUGAGAUAGCAAAGAGAUUGCCUCGUCUGCAGGCAGCGCCGAACCCAUCAGGCAUGGUCCUUGUGGAUCGAACAGCGGAGAGGCCAGCCAGCGCCUCGUGUUGUUCUUAAGAGUCGAGACGGACCACUUGCAUUUGUUGUGUACAAACAGUGGUGUGCCAUUGUGUUGUGUCAUAAAAUUCUUCAUGGAUAUAGCAUUGUAUCAUUCCGUCCAUUCAUUCAGAUUGUGUAGAGGACUUCAAUUGCUCAGACAUCUGCUUUUUUUUUCUUUUUUUUUGAAAAGCCACAGAUGUUUACUAGUCUGGAUAACUCGACUGAAUGAGAUCAUAUUUGGCAACUGUGUACAAAUCAUGAAUCCCUUUAUUAUUCUUAAUGGAAUCAAGAAUAGAGUUUCAACUGGCCUGAAAA